CUCAACUCCCGGCUGAAGUUGGAGAGCUCUACCCAGAGUCACUCCAUAGGGGCGGUGCGCUGGAACCUUCCUGAGGAAGACCUCCAGGCCCACAGCUCAGUCCCUACCAGCCCCUCCAAGAGCAGCGCCCCCUCCACACGCCGCUUACAGGUAGGCUACACGCAAACACACACACACACACACGCACACACACACACACACACACACCUCCAUCCACUCACAGCAUCACAUCAGCAUCCAGUCCAUCCAAAAGUCUUUCUAUUAAUUUGUGCACUCUUCUACCUGUAUGUGUUUGUACUGUUUUUCUACAUUUGCCUGCUCAUCCUGUAUGUGUGUUUCUCUUGUAGCAACACCCUCGUCAGAACGGCCUGAAGAACCUGCGCAGCCUGCAGGAGUGUGUCCGCUUCAUCAACCACUGGAAGAAGCAGGUGGCCCAAGUCUGCAAGGUAAGUAGGCCCCUGAGAGGGAGAGAGAGGGGAAGAGAGUGGGAGACAGGGGAGACAUACAUUUAUAGAAAUAAAAAGGAAGAGCGAUGUGGGUAAGAGAACGAGGAAACAAAAGCAGUAACUGAGAAAGCUCAGACAGACCAGGAAUGCACAUUGAUUUCCAACAUUAGUAUGAUAGUAUUAGCGAUAGUAUUAACGAUAGUAUUAGUGAUAGCAUUAAUUUGCCCCUUAUUUGUAUUAAUGCAAAAUGCCGCUGGAAUUAUGGAUUGUGAGGUCAAAGAACAAGUAAAUGCACAGGGAAGUUAGAUGUGCAGUGAAGGAGAAACAGUAGGCCUGGCUUAGUGGAGCUGGCGUCAGUCACUGGGGAACUUUGAGACAGGUGUUGAAUGAAGCCUAGAUAGUGAAUAAGGCCUGUCUGUAGGUCAGGGAUUGUUCACCGUUAACCAAAAAGUAUAGAGAACGGAAUCUUUACAGAGAACGGAAUCAAUCGUUUAAUACUUUCCCUUAUAGAAGAAAAAGUAUUGGAAUUUAGCGGAUUUAUUACCUUUACAUUUGACAUUUUAGUCAUUUAGUAGACGCUCUUAUCCAGAGCGACUUACAGUUAGGGCAUUCAUCUUAAGAUAGCUUGGUGGGACAACCACAUAUCACAGGCAUAGUAAGUAAACUUCUCCUCAAUAAAGUAGUUAUCAGCAAAGUCAGAGCUAGAAGGGGGUGAGGGGGGAGUCAAGUACAAGUGUUGGUUCACUGAUAUUGGAUAAACAUUGCUAAGCAAGACAGAUGACACAGUUAAUUGAGGUAUAUGUUGUGAAAUUGUUAGAUAUUACUUGUUAGAUAUUACUGCACUGUCGGAGCUAGAAGCACAAGCAUUUCGCUACACCAGCAAUAACAUCUUCUAAACACGUGUAUGUGACAAAUAAGAUUUGAUUUGAUUUGAUGGGUAGGGAGGGUACUGAUAUGGGGGUUCUUAUCGCCCUUUACAGCUCUGUUAACCCACUCCAGUGCCCCGUGGUGCUGAGCUGGAACACACAGGGUUAUAGUCAAACCAUGUAUCUUAGGCAGAUACCCCUCCAGGGUGGGAGGAGAGGUUACAGGGACACUAGGGCAGGGGCGGGAGAUUUUUACAAGGGGGCCAGGUGGGGGUUGGAGGUAGGGCGGUGUCGGGAGUGCUGAGCUGGCAUCUGGCGUAGGACUGCCAGGUGGGAACAGGGUUACAUAACGAAAAACACACUCAACCAUCCCAUUUUGCAGUUAUUUGAUCUGGUUUUGCAACGCAUGGCUAAAUGUUUUCGCCUUGUGCCUGUUUUUUUUUGUGUGUGAAUCAAGCUAUAUUUCACGCAAAAUCACACGCUGUACUCGGUCAAUGGAGAACGCAGUAUUGCUACGACAUUGCUAUGACAGUAAUAAGAUGGUUGAGAUGAGAAAGCUAAACACACUAUUGAGAAUGUACAGUUUGAUAUUGACCUUGUUGCUGUUUUGUGUUGUUGCAGAGUGGCAGUGAUGCGAGGGAAGGCACCAGUAAAGGAGAGACCCCUGUGGAACUGAAAGACCCCAAAACAGAACGCAGUCUAGAGGAAAGCAGGAAACUCAUUCUCCUGUGGGCCAAUGAGCUCAACAGUGUCGACCAGGUGUUGAAGAAAAGCCCCUGGGUGCAGGAGAGAAGUGAGGAGGAGGAGGAGGAGGAAGCAGAAAACAGGGAUGGAGAGGAGGACCCUAACGAGGAAGUGCAGCAGAGGAUCAUGGAGUGGGCCAAGGAGCUGCAGAGCGCCUCAGAGGUGAGAGGUCAGGGGUCAAGGAUACAAAUAUAUAUAAGAGACAAAGGAACACUACUGAAGAAGGAAAUGGGGGAAAUACGGUGUUCCCUUAGUUAACUGCUAUCUGCAGAUUUGCUAGCAAAAACAGACCAUUUAGUAUAAGGGCUAAAAGGUCCAAAAAGUGUGAUGGGAGACCCAUAGAGAUGACUUGGUAUUAACGUCCAUGUGUCUGUGUCUACACAGAGCUGUGGGGUGCAGAGCGAUGAGCUCGGCAAGGUUCUGCGUCUGGUGGGCCUGAAGAAGAAGAGACUGGUCAACCUCCUGCCCUUACUGGAGUUCAUUACCUGGUCACUGCUAAAGGAGGACUGCAAGGUGAGAUACAGACACCGACGUACGCAGGCGCACACAAACAAACACACACAUAGAAAAACAGAAUAAAAGCUGCAAAAGAGGUCAACACUAUAUAUUAGCGAACUAGUUUAAUAGUUUAUUCAUUUAUUAGGGGUCUUCUCAUAAAACAUAACACAACUCGUGAUGUUAUGCUUACCCUCACCUGAAUCCAUUGUAAUUAGUUAGCAAUGUUCCCUCUUAAACAUUCACAUUUCUGUUGAUUGAGAAUCAGCAAUAACAUUAUAUAGGCUAUAUGCUCAAAUAUGCAUACCUACCUACCUACCUACACCAGGUAAAAAAACCUAGGUGUUAUUUUAGAUUCUGAACAAAAUUUCGAAUCACACAUUAGGAAUGUGACCAAAAUAGCUUUUUACCACCUGAGGAACAUUGCCACGGUGCGGCCGUUUCUCUCUCAGGCUGAUACAGAGAGACUCAUCCAUGCUUUCAUUACAAGCAGGCUUGACUACUGUAAUGCUCUCCUGUCUGGUCUACCCAAAAAAGCCAUUGGUCAACUGCAAAACAUACAGAAUGCUGCAGCACGGGUACUGACCAAGACCAGAUAGAUAGCACACAUUACACCGGUUUUAAGGUCUCUGCACUGGCUGCCUGUGAGGUUUAGAAUUAAUUUAAUAGGACUAAAAUGUCAAUUGGAUCACAAAAAAAAAAAAAAAAAAAAAAUGGAAAUUAGAAGCAUUCAUUUCAAAGUUACAGAACAAAAGUAAGGUUCUUUAGCAAGAUCAUGAUGGAUUAGAUGAGGUAUUUUUUUUAAAUUACUUUCUAUAGUAUUUAAACCACCAUAUCAAAGCCUUUUUUUAAAUUCAAUAUCUAGUAAUACUAUUGGGAUAUGUUACAGUACAAAACAUUUUAAAUAAACAUCACAAGACAGUCAUCCCAAACCAAACUCCAUACAGCCCUGUCUGUCUCAUCACCCAUACAGUAGAGUGAAUGAUUGACUGUUGUCUUGUCUAAACUUCAUGCCCGCUGUACUUUCGCCUUGUUGUGAUAAGGCCCCAGGUCAUUCAAUAUAGUGCAAUAAAACAUAAUGUAGAGAACUGCCAGUCUAGCAUUUACAUCAUACUGUCCUCUGUAUCAGCAUAAUCUGUAAUCUGUAGGUGUGAUCUGCCUAUUGGUCAGGGUUGACAAGAAUAUGUAUGCAUUUUAAUCUGUUGAUCUGGUCUGUGUCACUUUGAUCAAUACAUUUCAAGUCACAGUAAAAAAAAAAAAGAUGAAAAUGAAACUCUUAAAGCCUGCGUUCCUAAACCUUACCCGCGUUCCUGAACUUUACCCGCGUUCCUAAACUUUCCCAGCGUUCCUAAACUUUACCCGCGUUCCUAAACUUUACCUGCGUUCCUAAACUUUACCCGCGUUCCUAAACUUUACCCGCGUUCCUAAACUUUACCCGCGUUCCUAAACUUUACCCGCGUUCCUAAACCUUACCCGCGUUCCUAAACUUUACCCGCGUUCCUAAACUUUCCCUGCGUUCCUAAACUUUACCCGCGUUCCUAAACUUUACCUGCAUUCCUAAACUUUACCUGCGUUCCUAAACUUUACCCGCGUUCCUAAACUUUCCCUGCAUUCCUAAACUUUCCCUGCGUUCCUAAACUUUACCUGCGUUCCUAAACUUUACCUGCGUUCCUAAACUUUCCCUGCGUUCCUAAACCUUACCCGCGUUCCUAAACUUUACCCGCGUUCCUAAACUUUCCCUACGUUCCUAAACUUUCCCUGCGUUCCUAAACUUUACCUGCGUUCCUAAACUUUACCCGCGUUCCUAAACUUUACCUACGUUCCUAUUUUCAGAGCGUCAUUCCUCAGCUGUGGCUGUCAGCAAAGCAGCGCACCUGGAAGGCAGGCACUGCAAGAUACAUCCCUAACUCAGUGUGGAACUGGAUGAUCAGUGCAUCAGGUAACUAUCCUUCUAUUUGGACACGUACUUUAAUUUAAAAUAAGAAAAAAGAAAAAAAGCACAGAAAAUAAGAAUGAAUACAAUAUUAAAUAUAAAGUGUUUUCCAUACAUUUUGCCCAAACCUUGAACUACAGCUUAAAUAAUGGUACUAGCUACUAGCAUAGAAAAGUAGAAUAAAGUGAAAACAGAUGACAGAAUGUAAUUUAAAAUGAUGAAAGUAAAAAAUUUGCAGCACAUUUCAGAAAGCUACAAACUCAACCAACUCUCUCCCCCCUCUUCCCUAUAGCUGACGUGACCCUUGACCCCAUGACCAACCACUCAUGGCUUCAGCUCUCCGACGACCACCGAAAGGUCCAGGAGGGAAUAUCCGAGUCCAACCUGCCCUUCAGUCCCCAGCGCUUUGACGCCUGGCCUGGCGUGCUGGGCUGGGAGGGCUACGCCUCCGGACGCCACUACUGGGAAGUCGACAUAGCCAACAGUGGCUACUGGCGGGUGGGCCUGACCACGGCGGGCGCCAAACGCCAUGGCCGCUUCCCCAUGAGCCCCCAGACGGGCUACUGGACCCUGUGGCGCAGUAUCCACCAAUUCUACGCCUGUACCAAGCCCGAGAUGCCCCUGCCCCUGGAUCUGGUGGCCCGCCGGAUGGGGAUCUAUCUAGACUACGAGGAAGGACAGAUCUCCUUCUACAACGCGGAGACCAAGUCGCACAUCUACACAUUCACAGGCACCUUCAAGGAGAAGCUGUACCCGGUGUUUUCCCCGCUGGACGGUCGCACGCUCAUCACCGUCAUCUCGCCGCAUAAGGUCUCUACGUUUUGA